AUGGGCGACGACGUUCUUGGGAACCGAGAUCCCUUCGUGCUGAACGCCUCGGGUACGAACCAGACUCAGAUUUACAUGGUUCUUCUCUCCGAUGAUCCCGAUUCGACCAACCCAACUUCUCCUGAUGCUGCCCCGAACUCGACGUCUCCAGCGUACCCGGGCAACAAUUCAACUACGUCAACGAAUACGACAGAAGCAUCAGACGCGUCCCAGACCUUCACCCUGGCCGAUCUCUCCGGUUCCACCGCACCAACAGACCCCUCCAGCUCUUCCAACUCGACGUCGUCGGGCAACUCGACCACUCCGGGAAACUCGGACAACUCGACUACUUCGGCACCAUCCCAGUACAAGAAAGUUGCCUUGAAGAUUCCACUCUUUGACGCCGGGUCAGCCACGAUGAAGGCUUACUGUGCGACUUUCGACCCCCAGCCGAUGGCGCCUUCGCCGUUAACGGUCGAGAAUUGUGCGAACGGUCCAACGGUUCAGGAACACAAGAGCCAGGUUUUCGCCUAUGAUCCUGAAACGGGUGCUAUCCAACCGAUGUGGUACAACGGCGAAGACGAUGGGAUGCCGGAUGAUGAGGACGACGGUGGCGACGACAGCGGCGAUUUCACCGGCGGCGACGGUAGCGAUGAGGAUGGCAGCCUUCCCGAUGGUGACGACAGCGAUUCUCCGUCUCCAGCUAACGUGACGUCCACAGCUGACGUUGACAACACGGUUGCUCGGAUCGAGAACUUGAGUGACAAGCUGCUCAAUGACGACACGUUAAUCCAUCCUCCGGCUCCUUCCAUAGCGGCAAAGGCCCACGCGUUCGUUGCCGAUAAUUAUUCCAAUGCUCAGAACGUGACGCUUAUGUUUACUCCCACGCCUCCCGAGCUUUCUUCUCAAGCUGCAGAUGAGGAGCGGUUGGCCUCCCCGUCUUCGUCUUCGGUACCCGCUACAAUCUCUGGCACCACUUCGUCGACCUCAGACGCUGCGCCGAGCACUGGAUCGUACUCCAACUACUCGUCGAUGUCGACGGCUUUCUUCCCUGCUGCUACGUCUUCAGCUGCAUCUUCGAUGACGCGCUCUGGCUCUACGGAUACCAGCUUAGGCACCGCCUCGACGACUGUGACAUUCUCUCCCGCGUCCGCGGUUGCGACGGGCGCAUCUUCGGCCGCUGGUGUCAGCACGACAAACAUAAGCUCAGACGUGUCGUUGUCUCCUGCUUCGGCUACGCCUUCCUCGUCUUCUUCUUCUGAAGCCACCGAUGGCUUUAGCUCGGUAACCGUUUCUUCGACGAUGAUCUCAUCGGCGGACGCGACGACAGCCUCUGCGACGUUGAGCGAUCCUUCCGCCUCCGCAACUUCGGACAGCGCAUCUAUCUCUGCGACUCAUACUCUCGGCGUGCAAGUGUUUGAUCCUGAUGCUACUGCCUCUUCUGAUGCCUCCGGCUGCUCGAACGCGACCACGACGGCUUCCAACACAGACUCUGCGACCGCUGGCUCUGCGACCGACUCUUGUCCUGCGGCAAGUGCUACUCCGACCUCUGCGUCUGGCUCUCUUGGCGCUCAGGCCGCUUCUACCUCGUCGAGCACGUCGAUUACAGGUCCUUCCGGCGCAUCGUCAACCGAGUCUUCCGGGGCGCCGUCUAUGACUCCUGUUAGCACUGCGCCCUAUGAGUGGAAGUUCAAGCAGGGUUCGGAGAAGAGAGGCUACACCGCUGCGUACGGUUGGUAG